AUGUCAGAUUUGGACCCUGAAUGGUUGUCAAAACGGCCGUUGAAUGGCCCGGUAUCAUCACCUGAGACUGUUGGUGAAAAAAUCCGAGUGUCAAGGGAGCUAUUUACCAUGCAAGAACCAACUUCAUCUCAUGUACCAUGGCCAAUCCGGAUAGCCACCGACACAUCUUCUAGACUUCAGACUUACGUUCGAUAUACUAAAACGUAUUAG